AUGCUUACAUCUCCGUGCAUGCCUAGUAGUUCUUAUGAUUAUAAAGCAGAUGUUUCUUCUGGUAAAAGACCUUUCUUACUAGCAUGGCUUAAGCAAUAUGAUUGGCUUUGUUAUUCAACAGUUUUAAAAGGUGCUUUAUGUAAAUUUUGUGUGCUUUUUGAAUACCCCCUUGAUAAAGGUGGUGUGCAUGGUGCGUUUAUAAAAACGGCAUUUAGUAAAUACAAAAAUUUCCAUGAACAGUCUAAAUGUCAUGUCAAAAGUGCUUAG